AUGUGCUCAAGACCUACUAUCAGUCCUAGCGUGACACCAACGAAAAUUGCUGGCCUUGCUGGCCGCGUCAGACGACUGUUGGCUGAAGAAAAGGAAGGCCGUAUGCUGUCCUUACAAGUGGACGGCUGCUCGAAGAAACACCGACACUUUAGUGGUGUGAAUGCUCAAUAUGUCAAGGAUGGAAAGACUGUUGUAAGGACUUUGGCAAUUCAGGAACUUCAUCUACAGUCGACGGCGGAGCACCUGAAGGACACAAUCCUCCGCAUCCUUCGCAAGUUUGACAUCUCUGUAAAAAAUGUUAUCUCCGUCACUUCAGACAAUGGAGGGAACUAUCUUUUAGCGGGCAAGCUACUCCAUCUAGAAGACACUGAGGUGAUAGAAGACCUGAGAGACAUCGAACCGGAGGGGGACGACCGGCUUGAUGUGGAACUGUCAACUGAUGAUGAGCCCAUCCAGAGCGUCAGAUGCGCGGCCCACACGCUCCAGCUCGCCGUGGACGAGGCCAUGAAGAGGAUCACCGAUGUCAAGCCGACCUUAGACGCCGCACGACAAUUGUCCCGCUUCCUGCGUACCCCUUCCAAUGUGCGGCAACUAGAGGCUGCUGGGAAGUCCCUUCCACUUCUUGAUGUUGCGACUCGCUGGGGGUCGACCUACGACAUGUUGAAAAGCGUGUUUACUCUUCGACACUUCUUUGACGCAGUGAUGGACAUGACCAGCAAGGAAAGAGAUGAACAUGCUCUCACUGACGAGCAGUGGGAUGUUGUCGAACAACUCCUCGCUGACCUCCUUCCCGUAUACACGGCAACUGUAAAGUUGCAGGCCAGGGACCUAACCCUUGGGCAGCUGCUUGCCAUUUGGACGGAGGCGACGAUGGCUCUCAAAUCCCGGCGCACAGAUUUAUCCGAAGCAAUCAUACUGGCGAUGGAUGAAAAGGCCAAGUCCGUCAUGUACAAGGGCCGCGGAAGAGGCGAGAGACUCUCGUCUCUCUUUGAAUACCCUGCAUUCUGUGCCUCAGUCUUUGCCAACCCGAGGUUUUUCUCCCUGCUGACAAAACAGCAGGUUACUACAGGGAAGGAAUACCUUCUGAAAUUGUGGCAGAGGCUGCAAGCUAGACGAGGAAUUCAAGAAGAGCAGCCGGAAGAAGAUGGAGCCAAUGACGUUUCAUCAGAAGAAGAUUUUGCCGAUGAAGACCCCUUCGCUGCUUUUCUGGCCAAGAAAAACCAGGAGAAGGUUGCAGCUACUAGGCAGCCAACGAGAAGUAGGCCUUCACGGGGCCGACAACCCGCCUCUGCUCCUUUACAGGGCCGGGAGAAAGUACGAGCAAUGCUCGAUGAGUACUUUGCUACAACCAAACCUAUUCCUACAAAAUCAGAUGUCCUCCAGUUUUGGGAAGACAAGAAGCUAGUGUGGCCUGAACUUUACGAAAUGGCAAUGAUUGUCCUUGCCAUUCCAGCGACCCAAGUAUCAGUUGAACGUCUGUUUUCGGCUCUGAGGUUUAUCUUGCGACCACAAAGAUUUAAACUUGCGGGCGACCGUGUAGAUGACAUUGUUUUUCUACAUGCUAACGCUGACUUGGUCCGGGAAGCUGUUAAAAAAAUUGUAGAAAGUGUCAACGACGAAGAGACUGAAAGUGAGGCAGAUGUAGUGUAGUUUUUCACCCCCCUUCCUUGCUUUUGGAAUAAAAGAUUCUUUUUUUUUUAAGUGUU